UCGCCUAAAACCGUAGCGUUGUGCAUCUCCCUACUCAUCUCUGAGCAUUGAACUGUGUUUUCUUAUCUCGUCAUGCACGCCAUCAAUGGCCUGUACCAUUGUGCGUGUGAUUUUCAGUGUGAUUUGAGCGACUUAAGAAAAUAUUUCAAAAUAUACGAGAAUUUCAUUGUCGUACAAAAACUUUCUUUGUGCUCCUAAGUCAACGCCCUACGAUAUUAUGGCCGGAAAUAAGGAGGUGAUUCUGGCUGAUUUUCAGGCAUGUACAGGAAUUGAUGAUAUUGGUGAAGCCAUCCUACGUUUGGAAGGAACUAAUUGGGAUCUAUUGGCUGCAGUAAACAGCGUUAUGCCUCAGGAUUCACAACAGCUUCCAUCUGAAAUGGGUCCUGAUAUUGAAAUGAUAGAGGAAAUAAGAGGAAAUUCACGAAAUUCAUUAUCCUCCUCUUCGGAAAUUGCUCAGACAUUAAAAAAUACAAACACUCCCAGAGCAGAUGUAGUGGAAAUUGUUAAACCAGGUACAAGUAGACCAAGAAAUAGCAGUGGUCCUAGAACACUGACAUUCCAUAUUAACUACUCCAAUCAAGUUAUACAAAUCGACUUACCAGAAACACGUACUGUAGGUGAUUUAAAGCAUUUAAUUUGGGAGCAAACACAUGUGGGACUUUGUCAUCAACAGUUACAUGGGUGGAAGAAUGAACCACAAACUGAUCAUACUAUUCUUCAAACUUUGGAUUUACCACGUGAGAAUACAUUAUACAUGUCAGCCAUUGGUGAAAUUGGAGAUUCUUCAGCAGAAAGUAUGAGCCUUUCAGAUCGCUUGACGCAAAAUUACACAUUAAAUGUGCGUGACGAAAUACAUAAUAAGACAUACAAACUGAAGUUUCCUGGGACUCACACCAUCUUAGAAGUCAAAUCAGAUGUAUAUUCAUUAAUUGAUGUGCCCGUGAGAAACCAACAGUGGAAGGGCUGGCCAAGUUCUUUAAAGGAUGACAAAGUAACACUCGCGCUAAGUGGAAUUUCUUACCCAGAGCACGAUCUCACCGUUGGCAAGCGUGCAACAAAGGAUCACAAAAAGGUCGUCGUGGAUUUAGUCGAUAGCAACAGUUCUGCUGAUGAACCAGAAGAUACAGAAGAGUUUGAAGAUGCACCUGAUUCAUUUAGUGUUGAAGAUGAUAUUUUUAUUGACAAUAUUCGCUCAACGAAAAUACAACGCCUGAUGCCUGACAAAGUAGAAGAUGAAACUCUAGGUACACUACAUUUUGCGGAACAAUUUGAAAAGCGUUAUGGUCCAGUUCAUCCGGAAUUUUUCACUGGAACUUUUGAAGAUGCUAUAAAGGAAUCCUGUUUAAAACCGGCGAAGGAAAGAAAACUCUUGGCUGUGUAUUUGCAUCAUGAUAACAGUGUACUUGCAAAUGUAUUUUGUACGCAACUACUAGGCUUUGAAUCCGUCUUACAAUUGCUUUCUACAAAUUUCAUCGUCUGGGGUUGGGACUUCUCAUACGAAUCGAACAAACAAACAUUUUUAUCCUCUAUAAAUCAAACUCUUGGUCCAAUAGCUGCACUGACAGUGAGGAGCAUUGAUGUAGAUACACUACCCGUACUUAUGAUUAUUAUGCGAUCCAGAUCUAAUACGGAGAUAUUUACAAUAGUUCAUGGAAACGUGGGUGUUAAUGAACUUCUUACUAAUUUGAUCCAAGCUGUUGAUGUAUUCCAGGAACAAAGACGCGCUGAUAUCGGUUUUGAAGAAGAGAGACAAGCUAGAGAAAGAGUGAAGCAGGAACAAGAUCGAGCUUAUCAAGAGAGUCUUGCAGCUGAUAGGGCGAAAGAAGAAGCAAAACAGAUACAGGAGCUGAUAGAACGUCAGAGAAAGGAACAGGCCGAAAGUGAACGACUUGCUGAAGAAGCAAGAAAAGAAGCUCAUAGACAGGCGGUUGAGUCUAAUUUACCACCUGAACCAUUAGAAGGUGCAGGCGACGGCGUCUUGAAAGUAAAAGUGCGACUUCCAGCUGGAAAAUUUCUGGAGCGCAGGUUUCAGUCGGACACUCCGUUGCAAACACUUCUUAAUUUCCUCAUCGUGGAAGGAUAUCCCACAGAGGAAUAUAAAGUUCUGUCCAGCUGGCCCCGAAGGGAUGUAAGUAGAUGAUCUAACUUCCAUGGAUCCCAAUCUCACACUCAGCGAACUGAAAUUCUGCCCGCAAGAGACAGUGAUCUUAGAGGAACGAUAAGUUAAUUACUGUAAUUAAAUUCGAAGUAGGGAUUAAACAUCGCGAUAUUCGUAAUACGUAUUUAUUUAAUAAUUUUGAGAUAGUCAACAGUUAAUACAAGUUGUCUGUUUAUUAUGCAAUUACAUUUGUACGCUGUACUUUUUUCAUACGAUCAUAUCGUAUGACGAAUGUAGUUCUAUUUUAUAAAGAGUCCUUUUUAUGCGCGUGCACUGUAUGUUGUAAAUUCCGAAAAAUAAAUUAGACGAGAAAAGGCCAUCAAGCUAUCCUCCACUGUCGACGUUUUUACAUCUAAUAAUUUAUCGACUUACGGUUCACAGAAGAAUUUUAGAUACAUAGAAUGAAAGAAUCCAGAAAAUGUAUUUUGUAAAUCAGGCGUGUCAAAUGUACAAUAUAAUGAAUAUACAUACACAAA